AUGGCAAAAAUGCUUCUACCGCUGGCAUUGCUGGUGAUUCUCAGUAAUGUGCUUGCAGUGCACUGCUCCUUUCCUCCAACGCUGGUGUCGGACAUUGCUAAAAUCUUCAUGGACAACUACUGCUACCCCAAGAAGCUGGGAGGACUGAAGGAGGCCAUAGAGGCAGCCAGCAACAAUACUGAAAUUCUCAGCAUCCAGGAUCCAAGGACCCUGGCUUCUGUCCUGACCACCGGCUUGCAGAAAACAAUCAAUGACCCACGACUGGUAAUCUCCUAUGACCCAGACUACAUUCCUGCCAAGCCUCCUGUCCUUCCACCUCUUCCCCCAGAGCAGCUCAUUACGAUCAUCAAGAGUUCUAUCAAACUGGAGGUUCUGGAGAACAAUGUUGGCUACCUGAGGAUUGACCGCAUCAUUGGGGAAGAGAUGGCCGAGAAAAUUGGCCCUCUGCUCGUGGAAAAUGUCUGGAACAAAAUUGUGCCCACGUCUGCGCUGAUUUUUGACCUUCGUUACACAGCCUCUGGAGAAAUGUCAGGGGUUCCCUACAUCGUGUCCUACUUCUCUGAAGCUGAACCCCUCAUUCACAUUGACACAAUCUAUGACCGGCCCUUGGACACUACCACAGAGCUGUGGUCCAUGACAACAUUGCUGGGAGAGCGGUAUGGAAAGAGCAAAGACUUGAUCAUUCUGACAAGCAAGAAUACCAAAGGGGUUGCUGAGGCCGUCUCCUAUGCUCUGAAGAACUUGAAGAGGGCCACCAUUGUUGGGGAAAAGACUGCCGGAGGCUCCGUAAAAAUUGACAAGCUGAAGCUUGGGGAUACUGACUUUUACUUUGAUGUUCCAACGGUCAGUUCCACAAGCCCAAUUACUGGACAGAGCUGGGAAAUUAAUGGCGUCACCCCCUGCAUCGAGGUUGAUGCUGAAGAUGCCUUGGAUGCCGCAGUGGCGAUUAUCAACCUUAGGGCCAAAAUCCCCGCCAUCAUUCAGGCGGUUGGUGUCCUGGUGGAGGACAACUAUGCAUUCGCUGAUACUGGAGCAAAUGCAUCUGAGACGUUGCUGGGCCUUCUAGAGAAGGGCCACUACAGCAUGAUCGCCUCCCAGGAAGAGCUGGAAACACAACUGUCCUCUGAUCUUAAGGAGCUGUUUGGAGAUAAAUGUCUUGCAAUCACCCACAAACCUGGCAAGCCUCCCAUGAAUCUUCCCCCAGAGAUGCUAGUGGAAAUGAUCAAGAGUUCCUUCCAUACUGAUGUGCUGGAAAACAACAUUGGGUACCUCUGCUUCGAUGCAUUUGGGGAUUAUGAGCAGGUGGCCCCGAUUGCUAAGGUUGUUGUGGAGAAUGUGUGGAACAAAGUGGUGGACACUGAUGCGAUGAUCAUUGACCUGAGGAAUAACCUGGGUGGAUCUACCAGUGCAAUAUCAGGUUUCUGCUCUUAUUUCUUUGAUGGAGAAAAGCCACUUCUGUUGGAUACCCUUUACACCAGGCCCACUGAGACCACCACAGAAAUGUGGACUCUGGCACAACUGACUGGCAAGAGAUACGGACAGAAGAAGAGCAUUAUCAUUCUGACAAGUGGGGCAACAGCCAGUGCGGCCGAAGAGUUUGUUUAUAUCAUGAAGAAACUCGGCCGGGCCAUGAUCGUUGGCGAAACGACGAAUGGGGGAUGCCAUCCGCCGGAGCACUUCCAUCUGGCCGAUGGCAACAUGUAUCUGAGCAUCCCUGUCACCCACUCGGACACCACACAUGGCCCAGCUUGGGAGGGUGCAGGAAUCAGCCCUCACAUCCCCGUUCCAGCUGAUGCUGCCCUGGACACCGCCAGGGAGAUUCUCAACAAACACUUAAGAGGCCAGAAAUGA